GAUCACCCCAACUACAAGCCAACCACCAAACCACAUUCACCACAACAACACCUCCAAACCCACACCCUACCCAAACCCCACCCCCCACCAAAAUGGUCCGUCAACUAAAACACCACGAAAAGAAACUUCUCCGCAAAGUCGACUUCCACACCUACAAAUCCGACAACAACCAUCGCGAAUCCCAAAUCCGCACCCGCUACCACCUGCAAGACCCCGCCGACUACCGCAAAUACAACCAAUUAUGCGGAUCUCUGCGCCACCUGGCCCAUAAACUCUCCGAGCUGGACCCGGAGAGCGAUCCCGUUCGGAAGAAGUUGGAAAGCGAGGUGCUGGAUAAGUUGUUUCGCAUGGGGGUGUUGAAGCAGAGUCGCGAACAGGGGGCGGGGUUGUCGAGAGUCGAGAGGGAGGUUACCGUUAGUGCGUUUUGUAGAAGGAGGUUGGCGGUAUUUAUGGCCAGGAGUGGAAUGGUGGAGAAUGUUAAGACGGCUGUCACGUUCAUCGAACAAGGUCAGGUGCGCGUGGGUACCGAAGUCGUGACUGAUCCCGCCUACCUGGUUACUCGCAAUAUGGAGGAUUUCGUGACGUGGGCGGAUAAUAGCAAGAUUAAGCGGAGUAUUAUGCGCUAUCGGGAUAACUUGGAUGAUUUUGAUAUGUUGUGAGGAAUCGAGGAUACCCAUAUCAUUUUACUGUUGCUGCUGCUGUUGUUUUUUGGGUUGUUCUGGCGUUGUGGAAAAGUUUUUUACUACUAGAUGAAUUGUACUCCGGAUUAUUGUGGCAUACUAUGGCAAUGGC